CUUAUGGAUUUGGAACGACAUGAGGGUGAGUGUCCAGCCCUCAGCAGACAUAUGUGUGCGUGCAGAUGUGCGUGUACAGGCCAGUGCGAGACAGUCCUGCUCAUUCUAUAAGAACAAUUCCACUCUGACCUUUGGCCUCCUGCAUCCACCCAACUUCAGUCCUACAGGAACUGAGCCAGACUCCUUAAUUACAAGCAACAUGGUGCCCAUGUUUCCUGCUUUCAAAGAUAUCUGGAAUCACUUUCACGAUGUUCUGCUGCUGAAGUAUUCACAAAAGCUGAAUGGAGUCAAUGUUGUGAGCGGACCAAUAUUUGACAACGACUUUGAUGGGAACUAUGACUUUUUGAACAAGGGAACCCCGAACGGGGCGCCCAUCCCGACACAUUUCUUUGUGAUUCUUACAAGCUGUAAGAACUCGUCCCUUCCCAUCCGACAGUGUGACGGUCCUCUAGAUGCUGUGUCUUUCGUUCUUCCUCAUCGAGCUGAUCAUCUGGAAACAUGUCAUAAUGGCUCAGACUACUCAUGGCUCCAGGAUUGGGUUCAGUUUCACGUGACGCGAAUCAGAGACGUUGAGCUUCUGACGGGCUUGAGUUUUUACCAUGACCGGAUAUCUGUUGCUGAAACAUUACAACUCAAAACCACACUCAAAACUUUCUAGAAACGCUUAUGAACUUAGACCUCAUUUCACUGCGUCUGCAGGCCAUGAACGGCACGUUCAGAAUAGAAUGGAUCUGUUCACCAUUGAGACCCAGCUGAGCCUUACCAGACUCUGAAACAAAGACACAAGUUCAUCCAGAGAGUCUUUGAACUCCUAAAAUGGGAAAAUUAAAACGUUUUUAUGAUCUCUGCUUUAAUGAAAUCUUUAUUCUCAGAGGCAAUCUAUUUAUAUCUGGGGAAGUACCAACUGUAGCAAAAACUGGCCCAGCCUAGAGAAACUAAAAUUCUGUUUUUCCAAAAAAGAAAAAAAAACUGUUUUGCAGCACACAUGUUAGUGAUUUAACUGUGGUUGGACUGUGGGUCCAGCAUUCAGCAUGUUCCAAAAAGAAAGAGUAUCCUCAAAUGAAACCGUAUCGAGAGCUUUUGUGCAAACGACAGGAAAGCUACAUUUUCCACAGGAAUCACUUUCAAAGUGUCACUUGCUAUACAUUGUUUUAUUAUAUUGUAUUACAACAAAAGAAACAAAUGCUGUUUCCAGCAGUCUGUAGCAUGCACAGCACAAUUCAUGAUUUAUUUACUCCUGUAUAAUAGUGGUUUGUUCUGCCCCUUCAGGCCAGAAUGCAGAAUUGCAUCAGACAACAAAAGCAAAACUUAUGUCACUGUGCAUCUUUUUCUGGAGAUUAUAUGGAUUCACUCUCUCAGGUCAAUUUUGAUAUCAAUAAAUAUGCAUCGACAUUCUUUAUUACAUUUGUAUGUUACUUUUGUUUUUCAAAGUUCAUAACGUGUAAGCAGAGAUGAGAUUGUACUGUAGAUUGUCUCAUAUGUAUGUUGUGUAUUGUCUCACUGUAUUUGGUGAAUAUUUGGAAAAAUAUGUAAUAUUUGUGUUAUAUGUAUUUUGUUCGUGCUGUUGUGGUUUAAUA